AUGACCGCCAAGGACCAGGCCAAGGACAAGCAAGUAGCGAAACUCAAGGCCGACGUCCAGCUCUUGCUCAGUCUGGAGCAAGACCGCAGUGACGACGACGACGACGAAGACAUGGUGCAUGCAGAGGUAACGCCCUGCGCGUACUUGGACCCAAACUACGAAGCGCAGCCUCCAGCGUACAUGGACACGGACGACCCUUGGAUCAGCGACGGCUACGCAGUCUUGUAG